AGGGAAACCAAAGCGAGGCUCGGCGUGCAGCGUCCGCGUCACGACGACGGCUUCAAGCCUCGCCCAGGCAGCGGCAGCGAGAGAGGGAGCGGGCGUGCGGAGCAGGCUCGGCCGGGGCGGAGGCGACACGGGGAGCGGCGGCGCCGUCCGGUAUCAAGGGGGUGACUUAACACUUUCACCAUGCGUGAAUACAAGCUAGUUGUUCUUGGCUCAGGAGGUGUUGGAAAGUCUGCUCUGACUGUACAGUUUGUUCAAGGAAUAUUUGUUGAAAAAUAUGAUCCUACGAUAGAAGACUCCUACAGAAAGCAAGUUGAAGUAGAUGCACAACAGUGUAUGCUUGAAAUCCUAGAUACUGCAGGAACGGAACAGUUUACAGCAAUGAGAGACCUCUACAUGAAAAAUGGACAAGGCUUUGCAUUAGUAUAUUCCAUCACAGCACAGUCCACAUUUAACGACUUGCAAGACCUAAGAGAACAGAUUCUUCGGGUCAAAGACACUGAUGAUGUGCCAAUGAUUCUAGUUGGCAACAAGUGUGACUUGGAAGAUGAAAGAGUUGUGGGAAAGGAGCAAGGACAGAAUCUAGCAAGGCAAUGGAAUAACUGUGCAUUCUUAGAGUCUUCUGCAAAAUCGAAAAUAAAUGUUAAUGAGAUCUUUUAUGACCUUGUGCGGCAAAUUAACAGAAAAACUCCAGUGCCUGGAAAAGCACGCAAAAAGUCAUCGUGUCAGCUACUUUAAUUCAUAGAUGUACUGUAGCUCUGAGCCAGGUCUGAAGAACUGUUGCCCAAUUCAACAGUGCCAGCAUUCCAACUUUAUUAAACCUAUCAACAUUUUAAAUGGACUUUCCUGUGGUGGUACCCUUUAAGAAGUGGAUGAAAGCUACUACAUCAGUUUGCACAUUCUAAUCACUUUCCAGUGUCACGAGAGAUUUUUACUUAUAAAUAUUCUAAGUGUAUGCAACUGGUAAAACCAGAGCCUACAUCCAGUAUUACUGAUAAGAGACAUUCAUCCACCAAUGUUGUACAUGUAUGAAAACUGUGUACUGUAUACUUCAAUAAUCCCCAUACUUUCUAUUGGAGAGUACAAUAAUGUAAAUCCUAAAAGCACCACUAUUUUAGCAUAAUAAAAGAAAGUCCAAAGAGCUCCUAUAUAGACUACUCCAGAUAACUUUGCUUCAUCGGUAUUUGUAGCUUAUUGUAACUUUUUUUAAAGAAAUACAGGAUCAUCAUCAUCAUAUUAUACAAAACCGCUUUGAUUAACACAACAGCUUUAGUUUUUUAAUUUUAGGAAAAACCUGUGGAGACAGUGAUCUAGUCUUUAAAAUAAGAGUCUUUUCAGUAUGUCUGACUAAAGACAUUGCCUUUAAUAUCUGUUGGGAAGGAAAUGUCCAGACUUUUCAACCUUUUUAUUGUAUGUUUCCUUUUCCUUGUUUACAUAGGGAACAAUGUUUAUAGUUGUGUGUACAGUGGGGGUCUACAACAAGAAGUGUAUAUUUUAAAAUGAUUUUUUUAAUGAUUUAACAAUUUUGUAAAUCAUUUUCAGGCUUCUGCAGCUGUAGAUUCUCACUGUUAAUUCCCUUGCUUGCUCAUGCAUAAGUGUAUUUGCAAUACCAAAUAUACAGGUUUUAGUACUUUUGCCUGUUAGUGAUUGUUUUACAUGUGUAACGUUUUGGUUGAGAUGUUAAAUGGUGGAAGAGUACUGUGGAUGUGAAUGUGGGAAGUAAUUUUAAUCAUGUGUAAUUGGUCACAGGGCCUAAGUUGCAGUAAUUAACUUUUGCUGAUUUAUUUAACAAUGCCUUGUUGCUUUGUAUGAAUUAACGUUUGGGUGUAAAGAUUGUGUGUAUAUCCAACAGGGAGCCACGGUAUUUAAAUUGACCAACCUAAUGUUACAACUGCUUUGAGGUGGCCAAAUGUAAACUAAAAGCCUUAAUUAAAAGUGGUGCAAUUUUGUAUGACUUAGCAUCAGUAGUUCAAUAAAUUUGGAUUGCCAUGCAAGGGCUUGCAUUACAA